UUAGUACCUCCGUGGCUUUCAUGGUGGAGUGCAUGAAAAUUGCCUAUUAUUACGUUGUUCAUUUUGAGUUAUCUAAGGUAAGUCAAGAUAGAGAGAUUGUAAAUUAUUGUCAAUUUCCAAAAGGUACAUUUCGCCAUUCAAAACACCCUGGUCUAAUAUAGAGUGUCUAGAACCUGCAAAGCACAUGAAAUGGAUGGACAUUUUCUUUUUCACAAUCCUCUCAUGCAAGAUUAUCGCUCUGCAACUGAAAGCGACCUAAUUUAAGUUCAUACCGAGUUUGAAUAAUUGCAAGUUAGGCAUUCCAGUUUUUUUCCUUAUAUCAUCUUUUAUGUUUGCAGCCAGAGAUUUUAAAGUUCUAUUUUAUUUGAGAAAAAAAAUGAACACAUCAUCAUUGUGACCUCAUGAUCAGUUCAAAGCCAUUAGAUUUCUGUGGUCUCCUAUAAUAAGCUUGCUUGACCUCCAGCCCGAGCGGCUGUGAAGGAGACAACACAGAGGUGACUCUUAAGUUAACUGUAAUAACCGUUUUAAUAAAAUUGUGAGCAGUUUAAUUGAUUAGUAACCGAAAUGAUGUUGGUUUAAUCUUGGCCGUGUUUUCAUCCAUAAUAUAAGAUUCUUGUCUUGCGUGAGAUAAGGUGUGUACAUUUCACCUGGAGACAAGCCAAAUUCAUAGUACCCGAGGUCAACCGGGCGAGCUUUUUCUACCGGGUAGCACGAAAGUUUUACUGUUGGUUUUCACAUGGCGACUUUCAAAUUCAAACUAUCGAUCCCACGGAGAUUUUACUUUCAUGAUGUUUUAGAGCAGCUGAAAAAUUAUUCAUUUCAAUUCUCGCGUCAAAAUGGUUCUUGGUUUUUAAAAUCCUGUUGAUUGUUUUUAAGAUUUUUAAGGGCUUAGCACCUUCGUACUUAAGUUUUUUAAUUACUCCUAAGCCUGUAUCUAAAUAUAAUUUUUUCCCUGCGGCGCAUUUGAAUAUAUUUAUAUAGAUAUUUGCGCCUUAUAAGUUUUGAAAUGAAAUGAAAUUAAAUGAAAUUAAAUUUUGUGAUAAAAGUACGCUUGAAUUUCUAAGCUUUUACGUGACGUGGCAUUUACAUGAAGGCUGAGAGAGCUGUCAGGUAGGUUGAAAAAGUGUCUUAUUUGGGGGAAAUUUUUCUAUCUAAACUGUUCAUGUAUAAGAAAAAGGAUUACUUCAAUGUUUAUGAGUUCCUCGAGGAAUAAUCUCACGCUCUUGUAGAAAAACUCGCUAACAGAUGUUUCUGUUGGUUUCCGUCUUCCAUCUUGGUGCCCAUCCGGAUGGGCCCCAGCAUGGCGUCUCCAUACAAAUCUCUAUAAAUUUGAGUUAAACAUUUCUUCGGAUAUCUCUUAUACGAGUCUUGGCCAGGGUCUUUGCAUAUUUACCUCCAUUCAUUUCCCAGAUUCAGGACUUUGUCUUUGAACGGUUUUGAUUUUUAAUUUUGAUCUAUUUUGAAUGGCGUGACACUGAAAACCAGCAAUAAAAUGAUCGUUGGAAACGAGAGGGGCCGGAACUGCAAUAUUGCCCGCUCAGAGAUUUAAGCGGGAAACAGUGUCAUUGUUAGAUUUCAUGUGACCUCAAAGUAAACACCAAUGAGAGCACCUGCUGCUGGGAAAAAAUUUCCAGCUAUACCGUAUUUAUUCGAUUAAACGCCGCCCUCGAAUAUACGCCGCGGCCUAACGAGAAGAAUACGGUGUUUACUCGAGGAUGAUAAGAAAAACUGCGGUACAACUUGGUAAUUUACACCAUCCAGACAUUUACGAUUCUAUCUCAGCAAAAUAGCAGUGACAAUGGAACCUUUAAAUUACAUAAUAUUAAUAAACGAUUUACAGUAACUGUUGUCAGUGAUUAAAAAAAGGGAUUUCGAAAUAAACGCCGCCCUUGAAUAAACGACGCAUUGGAAACGCUAAAAAUUCAAUAAACGCCGCGGCGUUUAAUCGAAUAAAUACGGCAUAACAAAAUUCUUAUCACCAUGUUCCACUGUUUCAGUCAUUCAACCCUACAUUUCCCCCUAAGGCCAAAUACAAAUUAGAUAUAUGAAUUUGGUAGACUGAAUGUUUACCAGUUCUCAAGGUCCUUGCAUGUCAUUAAAUUUGUGCAUUCAAUUGGUCAAUACUGAAGCUAUGCUGUCCAUGCUUUCCAUUAUCCAAAGCCGACCGAUCAGAGACCGGUGCAACUGUAAGAGGAAAAACGGAACGACAUUGUUAGAUUAAAGUAAAGGUUCCCAACGGAUGAAAGGGUUCCAUUUAGGAUUCGACCAAAUUUUGACAACUUUUAAGGGAAUUGGGACUGGAAGCGGCAAGUUUCGGUCGGACACUAGGAACGGUCAAAGAGGAAUAUCUAAGGAGGAGGAUAACUUUUUCCCGAAAAUUUGCCCAUGGACCGAGGCCUUCCAUUUCUAUUUCUACCGAAAUUUCAAGAAAUCUUGGCACAAUGGAAAGCAUUCUAUAAGUCUUUCAAGUCACGAUAUAACAAACCCGAGAAAAGAUGGUUCUUUUCUAGAUCAAAAAAAAAAAAGAACUUUAUUGAGACCCCCUUCAACAGGGCGUUUCAGUCACAGUGUUAAUUAAAACACCGAGGAGAGAUUUCUAAGAUACGCCGAAGAGUAUUUUUGCAUAGAGCUUUGAGGUGUAUGAUAUAGUGAUGAAAUACUGAGUCGAAUGUUUGACACUCGGCUACAUCUCAGAAAAUAUGAUUUUAGAAUAAGAAAUUAUAGAUACACUUAUUAAACGUUAGCUUUCUUCCAAUACAUACUGACAUUACACGUAGCAAUAGACCCUUCUUCGGUUUUUUUAAACUUUUGACGUGGACGAAUAAGGGAAAAUCCGUCGACACCACUGGAAAUAGCUCCUUAAAAUAAACAAACUGCCCACUUUCAAGAUGAUACGUCUUAAGCGAGCGAAGAUAGCACCGCAAAGUUUCGAAAAUUUACAGAUGUGGUGGGGUGCACAAACUUGUUCCCCAUCGUCUGUAAAGUGUCGCGACUUGAGGAGCCAUAUUCUUCACAAAGCACUUUCAAACUUGGCAAUUUUACUAAAUUUAAUGCGCUUUUUUCAGCAGAAUUGACGGAUUUUCUUUAAUUUGUCCAUGUCAAAAGUUGAAAAAAAAAAAAAAAAACGCGGCAAGUUCUAUUUUUUUUUACAUAGGAUGUCUCGACAAGCUGAUCAACAUUUUGACGAUAUUUUGCGAUGUGUUGGCGAGUUUGGAUUAUGGCAGAAAUUUCUGUACUUCUCUUCCUGUUUUUUGGUCAUUGUAUCCAGCGCCAUACAAAUAGCUUCACUGGUCUUCGCUACUGGCACGCCUAAAUUUCAUUGCGUGACUCCCAACGUCACGUGUGACGAGAACAAAUGCUGUGCCGAAUGUACAAGCUACGCUUUCGACCAGUCAUUUACUAGCACCGUGACUCAGGUGAGAAUUGGUUUCAUUUCUUGUUUUGUUACAGUAUCUGCGGUUUGGACUUGGAAACGAGGCGGACGAGUUCAGUUCUAAAUACGCCAUUUCCAUGGUGAUGACAGUCAACAGUAGUAUAGAAGGGACUGGCUAGACCCCUUUUUUGCGGAGAAAUCUCAUUAACUUACAGUGGAAUACAUUUAGGACUUCAAGAUCCAACGACGCGACGGUAACGAGAACGUAAAUUAUAGCUUUAAUAAGCAAAACAACAACUGUACACGUGCAGCAAGUUUUUGAACAUUUUCUUUGCCGUUUUUGAACGACUGCGACGUAAAAAUGCCUAAUUUCGUGUUUUAUGUAAAACGUAAACAAGCAACGACGAAAUGUUAUUUCUCUUUCUGAACUUGAAGGAUGACCAAGUAAGUGGGUAGGAACAAUCGCGAUUAAAACUGAAAGAACGCAAAUCCACUUUUUAAGCGACGUUCUCGUUGCCGUCGCGUCGUUGGAUCUUAAAGUCCUUAUUAACGCACAUGACGUCGUAGCCUUUUGUAUUAAUCUCAUUAAUAGAAUGCGGUGGAAUCUCAUUAGGAUUAAGCCGUUUGGUAUUUUUAGAUGGUUGAAGCGGAUUGACAGGUUUUAGAUGGAUAAUGUCAUAGCCUUUUUUGCCUUUGUUUUUAUCUCAUGAAUAAAAUGCGGUUAAUGUUAAGGAGACUCCUAUGCAGGAAAUGUUAACGAGAUUCCUCCGCAAGAAUGGAGUCUAACCAGUCCCUACCAUACUACUCUCAACUGCCAGAAUUAAUAUAGUUUUUGCUAUCCUUGUUUAUUUCUUAAAUCCCAGUGAGAGUUAUAAAACAAUUGCCCUGAUUUGCACAUGAAAACAUAAAAACAGACAGACUGAUAGACAAACGGAAUCUGAGAAUGUAAGAUGCUAUCCAAGAUGCCGGCCUGCUUCUUUGUAUGACGUCACAUUAUGCAUGAGCUUACUAUUAAUGAACAAGUUGUCUCGUUUUCAAAAAAAACGUCGUUUGCUGUUUUUGUUCGAAAACGUCCUUUUUGUUUUUAUCUUUGCUUUGUUGUUGUUUUAGUGGAACCUUAUAUGCGAAAAGGCGAACAUUGCUGCCACAGUGCAGUCGCUAUUUGUUGGAGGUAUGAUGGCAGGUUCUCUCUUUUUUGGAGCAGUAUCUGAUUUCUUUGGGCGAAGGUUCUGUCUAUUCUUAUGCAGUGCACUGGCGGUAGGUUUAUCUAUUACAGUAUUGGAAUCUAUUUAUACUGAUAUUUACGAUUACGCUUUAAGUGCAACGAUCUAUUCCAGAGUACAGGAGCUCGUUACCUAGUUCAGAAAGUCAACUGUCAGAUGUACAAGCCGAAUGUCAAUAAUAGUUUAAAAAGGAGUCAUUUAAACUACAUUUAGUUUAAAAUUCACGGCACUAUGUGUCUGUAACAAAAGCCGCUGUUGCGGGACUUCGGCCAGAGUCUAUUGUUGUUAGAAGCUGCAAAAGUGUUAAGAAUUUUGCGCUUUUUUUCUCCUAGGGGGCCCCCCCUGUGAAUUUGGCAAAAUGGUGGCCCCCCCCCCCCCCACCCCCUUCGUGGUCAAUGAUGUUUAAUCGGGAACAAAAAUGUUCCGGCCACCCUUCAACAUUGUUUUUUUGUGGGGGAAGCGGAAGUAUCUUGAGUGAACGGGGUUUAGAGGGAAGUAUUCUAAAAUUAGACAUACAACGUGCAUUUUUCUUAACAUUUUUGUCCAAGAUUGAAGGUUGGCGCAGUGAUGAGAGCACUCGCUUCACACCGAUGUGGCCUGGAUUUGAAUAUCUGAGUUUACGCCAUUCCUCGUUUGGUUUUAUGGUCUCCCCAGAGAGAAUAUUUCCCAAUGUCGUGGAUGCACUACCACUAAAUCUUUGUUUGUUUGUUUGUUUAUUUAAUCCUUAUUUCCUUCCGUCUGUCCCUCCUUCAUUAAUGAAGGAGGGGUAUUAACUGACUCAUUAAUCAGUUCGCUACAAUGUCAUCCACCUGUUCUUAUUAAGCAUGGAUACAGCAACAAGACAGAUAAGUCUGCUGUUCGUCUUAAAAAUGGAGGAUUCACUAAUGUCCGCCAUAUUGUUUUUGUAUGCAGGAUAUAGAGGAGCAGUACUGGGGAGAACAAUUUUGUCAGGAACAUUUCGGUCCGACUGGUAGGACCGGUCAAAGUGCACCCAAAACUUCUGCUCGGACCAAACAGAAAUGGUCCGUUCCAUUUGAUCUCUAACCGAACCUUCCGGCAUUUUAGGCUUAAUGGAAAGCGCCCCAUAUUUCAACUCAGAAUCUCUACGUCAGGCCUUGGUUGUUCAAAGGCUCGAUAAAUCACUUUCCUGUGGAUAGUGCAAUUAGUUUCCCCCAAUAGCGCUAUCCAACGUUUGAACAACCGGGGUCAGAUCGAAAGACUGUGCUAUUAUAUGUAACAUACGCUUUUAUUUCCUAGUUUUGCUUUAGUUUAGCAUCCAGUUUUGUGGACUGCCUGUCGUUCUUUACAUUCCUGCGGUUUUGCUCGGCUGCGGCAAUCACAGGCCUGUUUGUUGGUCAUUAUGUAUAUAUUCUGGAACUAGUUGGAGCUUCAUACCGAACCCUGGCAGGCAAAGUGCAGGAUAUCUUUUGGGUGUUAGGCGCUUGUAUCACGAUCAUGAUUGCGUACCUCGUAAGGGAUUGGAGACAUGUACUUCUUAUCGCCAGUUUUCCACCUGGACUCUUCUAUCUUUUGUGGAGGUAAGCAUGUAUAUAACUUAUGAGGGUUUCAAUAGGGUGGUGUCUUACACCUAACGUUUCACCUUUUGCGGCUUAGAAGGAUAUUAGCCCUUGGGCCAGGUAUGGUGAAUCAAUCGCCUAUUAGUUAGGGCUCUCCAGCCAGAUCAGUCGAUUCCUAAAUAGCUGAGCCCGAAAGUUUCAAGAUGACCGGUCAGGCAGGUCAGUUCCGACAUUUGGCAAGCCCUUAGUAACUUGAAAGUCGUCUCUUCCUGAUUGAACAAAUUAGCACUAGUUGACACGUGGCCACCUGUAAAAUGUUUCAUAAUUUCGUGAGAUGCCAGUAUUGUUUGUCUGACUGGAUUCCACAAGAUUGGCUGAUAAAAGCCAUAAAAUCUAGCUUUUCUCCGAACAAUUAUUUUCAAGCCAGGAGCACAUAUCACACCAGGAGCCAUACGGAAAACAUGCACAACAAUUCCUUUUUAAGGGCAAAUGUUGUUAAAAGAAUUGAGGCCUUCCCCAGAUAUUAGUUAAACUGACAACCUGUUGACAUUCGAGCAAGAUGGGUGGAAGGUCUUUCCAGAUGCCCCACGUUCUUUUGACCUACGUUGUAGAAAAACGGGCGCCAGCCUGCUCUCCUGGUAACGGCCACUUAAUUGCGCCCUAGCUGCCAGAAUAAUCACCUAUCCACGACAGCCAUCCAGAAGCGACAAACUAUAUAUAAACUGAUUUAUUUACUAUCAUUUCUUUAUCUCAAGGAAGACCGCGUAGGUGAGUUUUGACUUCAUAUCAAGUCUCAAACAAGAAUAAUCAUUUCUCCAAUAAUUGUUUUCUUUUACCAUGCUAACACAUUUCAUAUAAAUUUUAAUUAGAGUGUUUCCAGAGUCUUUGCGGUGGCUGGUGGCUCAAGGCCGUUUAAAGGAUGCACAUGCCCUUCUUAAGACAUACGCUGAAAAGAGCUCUGUGAACGUGGACUCAGAUGCCCUCAGCUCCAUGCUGGAUAGAUGCAGAGCAGCGGAAAGCGAACUAAAGACUGGGAUCAAGAGAUCCCCGCUCGAUCUCGUGCGAACGUCGAGAAUGAGAAAAAGAACGGUGAUUCUGUGCUAUAACUGGUAAGCCUGUGUUGGAAUUGUAUUGUUUAUGCUAAUCAUUCCUCGCUCGGGCAGGAAGAAAUCGCAAAAGCCGGUGCAAAAACCAUUAACAUCCCAAAACGUGACGAGGUUGUGACGUGGAGACACAAAUCUGUUUGAUCACAAAAUUUAACUCCCUGCAGGACGGUCAGCAAUGAUUUCUCCAAGAACAGAAGGGAAAAUUGGGUUGCUUAGCAUUGCGAAUCUGGAACGUCUGUAUGCUGUGAACUGACUCUGUGAUUUGAAUUUUCUGUAAUUUGUCCUAAGCUAUGCUUGCGGCCUUACCCAAUCUCAUUCCUAUAUCAUCUGCGUCCUUCACCCUUGUCUCCUCAGGCUUGUGCUGAGUAUGAUUUUCUACGGAAUCAUGUUGUAUGUUCCUGGUCUGGCUGGCAACCUUUACCUGAACCUGUUUUUGAUGUUCCUGACUGACUUGCCUCACACUCCAAUGGCAUGGAUUGUCUUCAGAUAGUAAGUCUGGGAGGGCAUCGGCGGCACAGCGGAGAGAGCACUAGGCUCGGUCUCCAUCCGUGGAUGUCUCACAGGCCCAAUGGGCCGGCAUCAAGACACCGACGGCUGCAAACCGAGCCCAUGAGAGCACUUGCCUCCCACUAAGGUGGCCCAUGGUCAUAUCCUGAAGUGAAGGCGAGGCCAUGUUAAGUUCUCGUUUGAUGAGGGAUAGUUUUAGCCUGUAAAUAUAGCCGCCUUUCAUCGCUACCUGCCACCAGAGAUAUUCAACGAGAGGGUAUCUCAACAUGUCUCUAGCAGCGAGGUGAGUGGAGAGGCGGCGGUACUGACAGGCAACAAUACGGUAGACAUGAAGUCGUUAGGUGAAUUCCGGUUGCCACUUAAUCAUUAAGCAGGAGAUAGAAACUAUUUUAUAGGCUUGGGCCACACUCUGACCAUUUGCUGUUCCUAAAUAAGAUGCCUAUUUAAAAGGUUCUUGACGCGGUCAAUUUUCCUGUUACAACAACCUUGUCACUCCAUAGAGACAGCUUUUCUUAAUGCAUGCGCAACCAUGCGCAAGACUUUGUCUGUCAUGUUGUUUUCGUAUAGCAAAGCUUUGAAGUACUUGUUGCUGCUGCAGCGUUGUACAUAGUCGAAGUGUUGAGAUUGAUCAACGAGAUGCGUCCGUCAAAACUCAAACAUCCCACGACUCUUAAAAAUACCAGUCAAGUAAGAGCUAUGCAGAUUAGAUCGCAGAUUUUACAAUUUAUUAACAAACUCAACAACUUUGCUCCUUAACUAUCUACCCGUAACUUGUCUGACUACACUUGAGGUUUUGAAACGGUCGGCCUGACAUAAGAGCAGAAUUCUUGACAUAACUGAUUAUUUUGUGUUGAUUAAUAAUCUUUCACCUUUUUCAGUUUCGGCCGCCGUGUCCCAUACUGCUUGUUCAUGGUAGCCAGUGGCCUCUCUUUUUUGCUUGUGCUUGCUGUCCCAGAAGGUUAGGGCAUGUAGCGUAGUACUUAAUCUUACACCCAGCAUAGCAAUACAGCAAAUGUAGGAUGCUUUCCAUUUUGCCAAACCGACCGGUCAUAAAUCAGACGAACUACACAACCAAUAGAUAAUGAAACGACAUUGCUCGUUUGAAACAAAAGUUUCCAACCGGGUCCACGCGUUUUAGCUACGUUUCAAUCGAAAUUUUUCAGUAUUAUUUCUCAGCAAAAUGUAACUGGAAACGGGAUUUUUCGAGACCGUCCAAUCAAAAUGAAACACCUCUGGGGGUGAGCCACUUUUUUCGAUGAAUUUCCACUUGGAAUGAAGCGUUCCGUUCAUGUUUUGCCCGAAAUUUCCGAGACUUUUUGGCACAACGUAAAGCACCCGUUAUGUGAUCUAACAUUACUUGCUUUUAAUCUUUUAUACAGGUAUGAAAGGACUCAUAACUGCUUUAGCGAUGAUUGGAAGGUUCUUUGGAUCAGCUUCCUUCUCCAACAUCUACCUUUACAGCACUGAACUGUAUCCGACCACUGUAAGGUAAGACACGCUCUACGUCUUAGCAACAAUAACUAUCACAUUCCAUCACAUAAGAGAGUGCAGCCAUUGUCUGUAGACGUUACAUGUCAAACACUCUGGCUGCCUCACACGCGGUAGCACAACAGGAAGUUGGACAUAAUUCGUAAAGUGGCAGAGUGAAUAAAAUCGUCCAUUUUGAAACCAAGAAAAUGUGAGCAUUGAAAGGUCAGAAAUCUGAAUAUGCAGACCCACUGCGCAAGGGAUUAUAUCUUACGCGUGGCGUUUAACUGCGUAGCUGGUGGGAUUGCUCUGCACGGGAUACUUUCUUUGGGGCGGAUCCGCAAGGGACUUUUUGUCAAAAGAUUACAACAAUCCGCCUGCUAAUCCCGCCAGCUGCGCAGACUAGUGUGACGUUUGCUUGUAUGAGACCAGGUGAGGUAGUUAACCAUACUUGGUAGUGUGGAUAUGGGUCGCAAACACACGGUGUCUGAGGAAGUAGCCAUACUGUGGAAAGUAGGAAUUAGAAGUUUCCCGUGGAAGAUUUUGCUACGAGAGGUGAAAACUGCAUCAGGGCCAAUUAGGUGGUCGGUGCAGUCAAACCUUCGAAAGUGCUUCGUAAAUGAAAUGAUCGGAGUGAGAAAAAUUCAAAGAGCCCUAUCAGACAGAUGAGAAAUUCUUUGCAGUACUACGGCCGGAAUUUGGAGGAAGCCAUGUGGAGGUGACAUUUUCUCUGGCAAUGAUUUCAACACCUACAACUACAACAUGGAUGAAAUUCUGGUAAACCUAUGGCAUUGAAUGGUAGGCGAUGAUCGUCCGAUUAUUAAAAACUUACAUCUAUAUUUUCUUUAGUAAUCUUCCGUCUCACUCUAAAGAACACUAGGAUGUGAAUUCGAACUAGAACCAUUCAUUGUGUCAAGAUGUUGCGACUUGUUUAAGGUUUGAUUUUACUUUUAGGAAUAUGGCACUUGGUGCAUGUUCCACAUUUUCCCGUAUAGGAGGAAUGGUGGUUCCGUUUCUUAUUGCAUUGGUAAGUUGCUUUAUAUUCUAUAGGUCAGUCCUAAAUAUUAAUUCGCACCAACCACAUAUCUACCAUUUAACAUACCUAUUUUGCUAUGAAAGUGAACACGAUCUUCGCAGUAGAAUGAACAACCUAAGUGGUUGAAAAAGAUUCCGAAAAAACCCUGAUCUUUGCAAUUGAUCGGACGCAACCCUUUAUCCAUUGCAGUGGCGGAUCCACGGGAGGAGCCCGGGGGGCCCGUCCCCCCUUAUCUCAGGGUUUGGAUGACCGGGCCCUCCCCUUUUUUAUCGGAAGGUCUGAAUCCGCCACUGCAUUGAGCUAAUCAACCCAACUGGAAAGCAGGCCAUUCUGAGUUAUAGUUGGCUUGAUUAGCUAAAUGGAUAGACAAGAUCAUUUUCACUGUCAUAUCUUUAUUCGCAGUUCAAAGUACUAUUCAUUUCAUAUAUAAGUCAGUUUAUACCUAUUUUGAAAUACGAGGAAGAUUGGAAAGCCAAUCUAUUGAGUUGUUGUAAUUGUGAAUUUUGUUCGUCUGUCGUCUAUAGGGUCAAUCUCCUAGCGUGCCUAUCACCCUGCCUCUGAUAAUCAUUGGUAUCAUGACACUCAUUGCUGGUAUUAUGUCCCUGUGGUUACCCGAGACCCUUUUCUCAAACAUGUAUGAGACUGUAGAAGACGUUGAGACGUCCACAGAAAAUUAUGGCAUCAUUUGGAUGGGGAAGCCACAACCAUGUCCAUUACACCUGCCGUUCUGCGGGUGAGAACGUUUCCUCAAUAAUAGUCUUGAACCUAGUGGUAAUGAGAAACUAGAAGUCCAUCCUACUAGAAAGAGCAGUGGAGGAGGGUGUGGGGGGUGAUCUGCAUAAUCUGGUCGGGGGUAGCAAGAGUGGCGCAGACUAGUGAGACCACUCGCCUCCUAUCAAUGUAGCCAUCCUACUGGAAAGAGCAGUGGGGAAGGGUGUGGGGAGUGAUCUGCAUAAUCUGAUCAGGGGUAGAAAGAGUGGCGGAGUGGUGAGACCACUCGCCUCCCAUCAAUGUAGCCAUCCUACUGCGAACAGCAGUGGGGAAGGGUGUGGGGAGUCAUCUGCAUAAUCUGAUCGGGAACAGCAAGAGUGGCGCAGACUGGUGAGAGAACUCGCCUACCAUCAAUGUAGCCAUCCGACUGAAGAGAGCAGUGGGGAUAGUGGUGAGAGGCUAUCUGCUUAAUCAGAUCAGGGGGAGCAAGAGUGGUGCAGUGGUGCAAGCACUUAGCUCCCAUCAAUGUAGCCAUCCUACUGGAAAGAGCAGCCAGGGAAGGAGGGGGGGGGGGGGGGGGGGGGCUAUCUGCAUAAUCAGAUCAGGGGGGGGGGCAAUGUGGCCCGGGGUGAGAUUCCAACGUCGACGCCAUAUAUUAUUUGGGUUUGUUGUUACUUCUCUCCCUUUCCCCGGGAAGAUUUUUUUGCAGUGGGAGGGUUGGGGAGGCACCCGGCCUACAAGCAAUGAGGCCAACGGGAGGAAGGGGGAGGGGGGGGAGGGGUGGGGGGGAUAUGGGUUAAACGGAGGCGGGGGGGGAAGGUGGGUGGAGGGGGGGAAACACUUUACCCCCAAGAAAGGGAGCAAUCUAGGGGGAAAGGGGGGCGGGGGAGGGGGGGGGGGGGGUGGUGAGGGGCUAUCUGCAUAAUCAGAUCAGGGCGGGGGGCAAUGUGGCCCGGGUUCAGAUUCCAACGUCGACGCCAUAUAUUAUUUGAGUUUGUUGUUACUUCUCUCCCUUGCUCCGAGAAGAUUUUUCUCCGGGUACUUCGGUUUUCUACUCUCCUCAAAAACCAACAAUGACAGACUCUUAUUCGAUUUGGAACGCACGGACACGUUCAAACGAGUUCUUAAGAACUCCUAAGUACUCUGUGGGUAAACACAUUACAACCUUCAAAUUACAAUUCCGGUGAUUUAGCUAGAAACAAAACAAAACAAAUAUCUGCUUUCGUCCGAAAUAAAGCCCCCGGAGAAAAAAAAUAGAUAUUCGCCAUGAGGAUUUCGCUUUUCCGACGCAAUUAUAUUAUCGUCGUAGAGCAGUCCUUUUUCCUUCCCUCAGUUGCAAGUUUUAAAAUACCACUCCCGAAACAAUUGCAACAAAUAUCAGAAGUAUUAUCAUCACCCCAAAGUUAUCUACGGACAAAAGUUAGUCUCAGUCACAGAAAGAGUUAGCUUCAUAUCAAGGAAGACCAAAUGACAAGUCUUAGGGCCCUUUCCAUAUGUUAGAACUGAUCAUGACUCGCUUAGACCAUUCCCAUUGUAAUGAGAGCAUUUCACUCUUAAUCAAAACUGUUUAGCGUGAGAUCAGUCAAAUUCUAAAUAGUAUGCACGAGGGGGAUGAUUUUUCAGCCAACUUUCUCGGUAAAAGCCCAUUUCAUUUUCAAAAUGACUGGUCUGGCCGGCCAGUUCUAACAAAUGGAAAGCGCCCUUACCCAUGUUGAAUCAUUUGUUCUGGGCCUGUAGCUUUUGAAGUACUUGAAUUAAUAGCUUUAGGAUGGGAUUUCGUUCAUUUUGACAGUUCAACUAAACAUGCGUCUGCUUUCUAUUAAUAGCUUUAAAGAUGCCGACGCACCCAAAAAGGAAAUGUACGUUUUAGGGGAGCAUUCCAGGGACAACCGUGUAAACGACGUAGAGAAGGCGAAUGAGACUUCUCCCAAAACUAGCUCAGAAAAUGAAACUGUCGCUGACGUUUCUAAUAAUGCGUAGAGCCUCUGUGUCACGAGUACAACGGUACAUUUUAUAAAAUCGCAACGUUUUCAGACAUGGACAUUUAUCUCCUAUUUAUUCUAGCCAGCGAAAUAAGGGGCAGCGGACCAUUUGACUUUUGAGGGGGGGGGGGGGAAUUUUUUUUGCCCAAACCCGUUUGGGAAAAAAAGUUUUUUGGCGGAUAACAAACCUCACGGGGGGGUGGAUUUUUUUUAGAUAGUUUUUUUUUUUGUCUUCAAUGCAUAUGAGGAGUAAGUUUUUUUAGUAUGACUUAUCCCCUCCAUUCUAAUAAGGCGAAGGGUCCUGGUUGUACACGUACAAUGUAAUCUUUUUAAAAAUCGCAACUUUUACAGACAUGGACCUUUUCCCCCUUUUUUUUCUAGCCAGCGAAAAAAGGGGCAGCGGCCCAUUUGACUGUUGGGGGGGGGGGGGGGAAUUUUUUUUGCCCGAAACCUCUGGUGACAGAAUGUUUUUCGCGGACAUACAAAGCCACUGUGUGGCUGGUAUUUCUUUGCAAGAGUUUUUUUUUUGCUCGAAAUCAGUCUGCAGAAUAUUGUUUUCUGAAACACCUAUACCCCCUCCCUUCAAAAGUCAAAUGGCUGGCCCCUAACAGACCACUUCAGCAGCUUUUGAAACUCAGUUUUUGUGUUCGUUCGAUCGUCAUCGAUGACUUUCAGCAACCGGCAUGUUGCAAAUAACGUAAGCAACAUGCUAGAAGAGGCUUUUGCCUUUCGUUGAAGGGAUGUAGUCCAGUUUUGGCCAUCUCUCUAGCUUCUUUUCUAGGCAAUCAUUAUUGCGCAGUUAUCUUUGUACUGACGC